AUGCCAGCUUUGGAGCUGGGGAGGCAGAGGAGCUGUGCAGCCGUGCUUGGGUCCCUCCUCACUGCUGCUCUCGUUGUCACUGUCCACAGUCGCUGUCCCCCUCCACCACGAUCUCCAUCAGCAGAGCCCAAGUGGCGGCUGGAGGGCAUCGAGCACUUCCACUAUGGCUACAGGGUUGAGUUUGUCUGCAGGCCAGGCUAUGUGAGAAACGCUCGCGUUUCAAACGUCCUCACCUGCGGAGUGAACGGGCUGUGGCGUGGAUCCAGUGACAUCUGCAUACCCAGGGCGUGCAGCUACCCCGGGGAGCUGGCCAAUGGCAGACUGGUCGUGCCUGAAGCAUUCGCCUUUGGUUCCAAAGUGACCUUCACCUGCAACGCUGGGUACAGACUGAUUGGAGACUCUGAGAUUGAAUGUGUGAUCAGAAAUGAGGUUCUUACCUGGGACAGAGAUAUUCCCACUUGUCAGGCAAUUCCCUGUGCACCCCCUCCAGAAAUAGAGAAUGGGCAGCACAGUGGGAUGGACAAGGACCAUUUUCAGUAUGGGGACUCUGUCACCUACCAGUGCCACAGGCCCAGGAGAGGAGAGAGACCUUUCUCCUUGGUGGGAGAGGCCUCCAUUUUCUGCACAAGCAGGGACAACCUGAAUGGUGUGUGGAGCAGCCCAGCUCCAGAAUGCAAAGUGGUGACCUGCAAGCAGCCAAGAGUGAAGAAUGGGAAGCUGCUGAGUGUCUCCCAGUCUGACUACAGCUUUGGGGACACGGUGGUGUUCGACUGCGACCUGCACUACAGCCUGAACGGCAGCGACGCCUCCACCUGCAGGGACAACGGCCUCUGGGAGCCCCCCGUGCCCCUCUGCCAGCGCAGCAGCUGUGAUGACCCCCCAGAUGUGAGGAAUGCUGUGAAAGCCAGGCUGGCUGGCAACCUGUUCCCUGUGGACACCGUGGUCACCUACGAGUGCCAGCAGGGCCACCAGUUCAGUCCAGGGCAGACCACCUGGAACAUCAGCUGCCUGCAGGACUUUGUGUGGAGUGAAGCCCCACCUCCAUGUGAAAAUCCACACAUCCCAAAUGGAAGGCCCUUGCACCCAUGGCAAGUGAAAGAGGUUUAUGAGAGCGGGGACAGGCUGGAGGUGGCGUGCAGUGACGGAUUUGCUUUCAAAGGCCGUGGCAGCAGCGUCACCCUCCUCUGUGGCAGCGAUGGUGAAUGGGACCCAGCAGUGCCAGAGUGCAUUCCAGAACCACGUUGCCCAAAGCCAGACAUCCCUCAUGGAAAGGAGGUUUAUAAAGGCAGCAGUGAUUAUGCAGUGGGGACCCAGGUGAGGCUGGCCUGUGAGGAGGGCUUUGUCCUCAGGGGCUCUGAGUCCAUCACCUGUGGGGCUGAUCAGAGCUGGGAGCCCGAGGUGCCCUUCUGUGACAAAGUCUGUGGGCCCCCUCCCCAGAUUGCCUUUGGGCAGCACUCUGGCAGGGGUGGCAGGGAGUUCUCUUAUGGCUCCAAGGUGACCUACAGCUGUGCAGAUGGGCUGUCCCUGGUGGGGGACUCGUCCCUCUACUGCACCUCGGACGAUGGCAAGAGCCUGGCGUGGAGUGGACCUGCCCCGGAGUGCAGGGCGGUUCGGUGCCCCAAGCCCGUGGUGGAGAGGGGAAGGAUGACCCCACAGAUGUUCACCUUUCCCUAUGGGCUGCUCCUGAAUUUCUCCUGUGAGGAAGGCUUCAGGCUGCGUGGUGCUGCCCAGAGCCAGUGCCAGGCUGAUGGCACCUGGGACCCACCCGUGCCCACCUGCCAGCCAGUUCAGUGCCCCAGGCUCCCCAGGCAGGAUGAUGAGGUGAUUAACUUCAACAAGAUGUGGUAUGAGGUGAAUGAAACUGUGACCUUCUACUGUGACAGGCGCUUAGUGGACCCUUCCAAAACCACUUGCUCAGCUGAUGGCACCUGGACACCACCACCCACGUGUAGGAAAAAUGAGGUGUGUGAGAGGGUGCUUCAAAUCAAAGCAGCUUUUCAGUGUGGAAUGCCUCUGUCAGAACUGAAAACCUGGCUGGAAGUCCAAAAGCUCUUCCUGGAGAUCCAGAAACUUGAAACGGAGCUAAGACUCACCACCUACGGCUGA